AUGGCGUGGCGUGGUCUCUGUCCUCCAGCGGCUGCCGUCUGCAGCUUGUGCUUUGCAAGAUUGCGCCCGACUUUGAACAGCACGGACCCGAUAACCGGGGAGGCCACCUCGGCAGAGUCCAAGAACGCCACGGCGGCUGCCUACUCCCGGGCGAAGCUUUUCCGAAGAGAUCCCUACACGGUGGAGCGGCAGCGCAAGGUGUGUGUGCUGAUUGGCAUGACAGGAGUGGGUAAGAGUGCGACUGCCAACACCCUCUGUGGCGCCAAGCGCGCGUUCGAGACCUCAAGUUCCGUGGUCUCCGUGACCAGCGCCGUGCGAAUCCGCGACUAUUCCUUUGCUGGGAGCCGCUGGCGGGUGAUCGAUACCCCCGGCCUCGGAGACACCAACAAACCCUACGAAGAGACCAAGCGUGAGCUGCUGCAAGCCUUCCACUAUGCACCACACGGGAUUGUGUGCUUUGUCGUUGUGGUCCCGAAGGGCCGAUUCACGGCCGAGAUGGAGCAACGGGUACGGGAGGCGCUCGACAUUUUUGGUGGCGAGGCCGCCAUCCGACAUACCCUUAUCGCUGUGACCCGCGUGCAAGAUGCCCCAGAGAAGGUCUUGGACGAUAUCAUGCGCCUGCCACCAGAUCACACCCUGCGUCGCCUCUGUGAGUUGGUGGGUCAGCGCGUUCUGCCGGUAGAGAACGUCAAAGAGCCGGCGGUGGCUGUGUCGCGGCUACUGCUGCAUCGUGGCAUGGACGAGGUAUUGGAGAUGAAUGGCGAAGAGCGAUACUUCCACACGGCAUCCAUGCCGGUCUCGGUGUCGCUGUCGGGGCGAACUGAGCUCACUGCCGAGGACCUCCUGCAGUCGCGCUGUUCCACAGCCUGGUCCAGAGAGAAUGGCACUCCUCGCCUGGUGAUCAGCUGCGACUUUCCCAGACUUGGAGAAGUUGUGAACCGAUGA